GCUCGCUCGUCCUUUUCCCCUCCAACUACCAUGUCCGAUCAGCAACCAGACAACCAGCCCGACCAAAAUGAGGAGGAGAACAACUCCCCGACCUCCUCCCGCUCUGCGACCCGGGUGUUCAUCCCUCCCUCAGCACCAGCUGGCGAAAUUAUCAUCACCCAGCCCCCACAGACCCACACCUCCUUCUACAAGAUCGCACCAGGAGAAAUGAUUACAUUUGCAUGGAAUUUUACCUAUAUUCUGGCGACGCCGACACACCUCACGGUCUCAGCGGUUUGCCAGAACGGCAACACCUACCCAGUUGGCCCGACGGACGGUAUCAUCGAUGGAACGGCGACAGAAGUCGUUUGGGAUGUGUACUCGUACCAAGUCAACAAUCCCAAUACACCUCUACCUCAGCAAGUUUGUAACCUGAGGAUAUGCGACGAACGUGGGUUCGGUGCGACGAGGCGGGCGGGUUACCUGAGCCCUAACACGGGGUUGCAAUUUGCUUUGUAUACCCCUCAGCCUUAUACACCAUUGGCAGACGGAUGGAAGUGCUCAGUUUGCUCGGGUGCAGCGAGCCUUUCCGCCCACCCUGCAGCCAUCAGUCUGCUGGUCACCCUGAUGAUCUGUUUCCUGUCUGGAUUCCAUUUCCUGAGAGCAAACAGGGCUGCAGCAGUGGCACAGUAGAUGUCUCGACACCCGUCUUUCGCCGAGUAUGAUGGGUUUCUUGCAACACACUCGAACAAUCCAACGCAACCUACACGAUCAACAACCUGCAUAUCUGAAACCUCAACAAACUCGGAAUCGGGGCAACCCUGCUGAAGCUAUAUCACCCUCGACGAUACUCACGACGAACACCAUACUUUCCUCGUUCUCUUCUCUUGCUUUCUUUGGUAUCUUUGGACAUUGGUUCACUCUCACGGCGGAUAUCCGUUUUUAAUUACCGGGGUCUUGACUCUUUCUGAACCAUGACACUUUCUUACCCCUGCAUCUGCUUUGUUUUCUUUUUCGGACAUUGUUGGGAACCUCAUCUUCCCUGACUUUAUCUCUCCUUUAGUAGUACCGCUCACGCUCGCUGACCCCUAGCUAUUAUCCAUUUAUUCACUAAUAGUAUCUCAAGCACUGACUCUUCCUCUCGACCCUCACAUUGGUCGAAUGUAAACCUGCACAAUACUGUAGAAUUUGUGUUAUACCAUGCAUCUUUG